UGAAGUUGCUACCAUCCAGUGUGUUGAAAAGUUGUAUCACAGGACAGAAACUGCCAGGGAAACCUUGAGUCUCUGAUGGUUCCUUUGUAGCAUGCGUCAGAGAAAGACCCUCAAUGCAGUUCUGCUUUGGAUGACACAAAAAAAUAGACAACAUUUUCAGGCCUAUCCCCAAGUUGUGAAGACACAUUUAUCAUCCAUCAUUCUGCAUUAAAGAGAGUGAAUCCUCUUCGGGAGGAGAGUGAUGGCUUUCUGUAAAAAGGCUCGCAUGUUGGGAAGAAAUGAAAGGGAGACCAAGACUAGAAGGCUAAAAGCAAGAAAGCAGAGUUUCAGUAAUUUUAGAGACUACCGCAAUAUAUAGAUUUUUGAAACAGCAACAAAACCUCCCAUGGAUUUGAUUUGUUUUUACUAAUGGAAUAUAAUUGUUCACAUCUUGUCUCCAAAAGGGUUCCCAGUGCCGAUUCCGACACUGUGAAAAGGCUCUUGGCAGCGAUACUGUGUGCUCAUUAUGGAGAGAGAAAAAAUGUUUAGAUCCACUUUGCAGAUUUAGACACAUGGAAAUGCAGCAAAACUGUAGCAUUUCAUGCUUCUGGGAAACUCAGCCUCUUGGUUGCGUGAAGAUCAGCUGUAUCUUUUAUCACAGCAAACCUCGAAACAUCAAUGGGUUGUUUUUACCACCAAGUAGCAAUAUCACACUACAGAAAGAAAGUCAGGAAGGAAUUCCAACCCCAACCCAGAGUCAAGAACCUCUGAAGCCUCAGGAGAAUAUAUCUCGACCAAUUCACCAGCCUUUAGUUUUAAAAACUAACUUUGAGGAAGAAGAGGAUGAAGGAGAGGAUCAAAACGAUGCUUCUUGUUUAUGGACAAAGACUGCUGAAGAAAUUGAAGAAAAAAGAGCAAUAAAGGACAUGUGUAAUAAAUCUGGUGAAUACUAUAGAUGUCAUACUCUUCAAGAAGUUUCAUCAUCAAAAAGCAUUACUCCUAUACUGGAAAAGGAGUUAGAGAAGCCUUUGGAGAAUGGCAGCGAAUUACAAGAAGGGGAUGGUCUUACAGUUCCAACAAAAUUUAGCGUAUUUGAGAGGCAAGGCGAGAUAAAAAUAUCAUUGGAUAGGAAACCCAGGAUUGACAUUGCUGCUUUUGAAAAUGGAGGAGGUGACUGUUACAUUCCACAGAGGAUCAUAUAUAUUGGAGUAGAUGAAAGUGAAGCUUUAUCUGAAACCACCCUGUCAAAAUGUUCAAAUACUAAAGAUAUCAAGGACAAUUUCCACCCAAAGCGUUCCCUAACUACACGAAUAGCACCUGCACCGCAUGUGUUAAAUGCUACUGAAAACAUUGGUAUGAAGUGUAGAGACGACCGCUCUUUAAUGAAUGAUGCCCCACCAGUGAGGAAGUCUCAUUUGAAGGGUGUGAAAAAGAGAAAAUGGAUUUAUGAUGAACCAAAGAACUUUUCUGGUCCUGGAAUGCGACGAGCAGUACAGGCACCAAAUCCCAAAAAUAAAAUGAGUUACCACCGCAAUAAUAAGAACCGAAAUGCCGAGAAUGCAUCCUAUAUCCACAUGCAAAGAGAUGCCGUCAGGGCUGCCUCACUGAACGCCCCGCCCCGCAGCAAGCCCACCAACGGGUCCUGUAACAAAGCUGAUGUUAACAAGGAACCCAAACUCAACCUCUAUCCAGACAAAUAUAUGUCGACAUCGUAUAAUAGUUCAGCUUGGAGAAAAAGAAUCCCGUUUUCAAAAACAUAUUCAAAAAAUGAAAAGAUUUAUCCAGAGCAACGAAGAAAUGGAAGUAAGUAAACUUGGAGGUUGAGAGAAGAGAAAAAUGGGAAAAGAGGAAAGUGCCAGACAUCAUUUGAUUUACAAUCGAAAAUGAAACUUCAAAGAAUGAGAUAUUCAAGUACCCCAUAGUAUAAUCGGGAUAGCCAAAGAUGAUAAAAUGCAAAUUCUGAAAAUAAGAUGCAGGAAGUACAUUGUGCUCUUUCAACACUGAUAAAUAUGCAAAUUACAAACA